AUGAUGGUGGUGCGGCAAGAUGAGAGAGAUGAUCGAAGCAAAAGGUUGAACUUGGACGGCAGCACUGCUGUUGCUCAUCGCUACGCUGAUCGCUCUGGCAGCAGCACAGUCCACCGGCCAAUUCGACCAACUACUGGAGGAUCUCGCAGGCACAUGGAGUUCUGCUUCACCAAGGACGGCUUUUGGGAAGAGAGUCUCUUCCAAUGGUCGAACGAUCCUACGGACCCACAAUGCGUGACAGCCCUUCUCCUAUGGCAACACGGAAACUUCUCCAUCAACCCGAUCAACGGCACACUCCGCAUGGACCCUUUCUGGGGAGACGGCUUCCAGUCGCAAUGGACCGGCUGCGAUACCACUUCGUCAGCGAACAGCAACAACACGCUGGCUCCUGUUGCUUCGUACAACCAAGUGUACCUGUACGACACACCAGCAGUUAGCAUCGACAUGCACUUCGGCGUCUCCAGCUGGAAGCUCGAGAUGGCUCAAAUCACCGGCGAAUUGCUCAACCCCAUGUGGAAGUUCCUCAACCCUCCCUCGAUGUUGCCCACCGACGUGCUGCACGUCAGAAGAUAUGGCCUCGAGUAG